GCCGCGGUAACCCAUUCAUGGGGCCCGCGCACGGCUGCAGCCCGGUUCCGCGGUGCUCGCAGCCACCGCCUCCUCUCCGCUCCGGGUCUUUCCCUUCCUUUUACAACUGAUCCUGUUGGGGAUUUUUUUUUUUUUUUCUAAAUUCGAGCGGUGGGGAGGAGGAGCAGGGAGGGGGGACCAGGAGGAAGGGGAGCGAUUAGGCAGCCAUCAAUCUCCUCCUGUUUCUCCCAGAACAGGUGAUGCUUCUAAAUUGUGAUCACUUUCUGGAGGCAGCGCUGCAGCUGGAAGGAUGCGAGCGACCUAGGACGGAGGCCCUGAGGCGGCAGAUCUGAACUUGCGCAGGAUAAAUAGCAAACUUUAACUACAUCAGCCCGCACCUCACGCGCGGAGCAAAGGACGGGUUAUCUCUUUUUACCGCCCCCUGCCCCCCCAAGAGAGACUCAAACUUCGGCUCUUGAUCCCCUUUCUUGGAUUGCUUUGGAGGAGACGUUUUGGUGUUUGGUGACAGCAUUGGGAACAGUAGGGACAGUGUUGUAACUCGUAUUUUUAAAGCGACAGUAGACCAGACUUUUUAAAUGUUUGGGAUUCAAGAUACUUUAGGAAGAGGACCAGCUCUGAAAGAGAAGUCGCUGGGUGCCGAGAUGGAUUCGGUCAGGUCCUGGGUCCGGAAUGUCGGCGUGGUGGACGCCAAUGUCGCGGCGCAGAGCGGAGUCGCCCUGUCUCGGGCCCACUUUGAGAAGCAGCCUCCCUCCAACUUGAGGAAAUCCAACUUCUUUCACUUCGUUCUGGCGCUCUAUGACAGGCAGGGGCAGCCGGUGGAGAUUGAGCGCACAGCCUUCGUUGAUUUUGUGGAGAACGACAAAGAACAAGGCAACGAGAAGACCAACAACGGCACCCACUAUAAGUUACAGCUCCUCUACAGCAAUGGCGUCCGCACGGAGCAGGACCUAUACGUCAGGCUCAUCGACUCAGUCACCAAGCAGCCCAUAGCUUACGAGGGACAAAAUAAGAAUCCAGAAAUGUGCCGCGUUCUCCUGACCCAUGAAGUGAUGUGCAGUCGAUGUUGUGAGAAGAAAAGUUGUGGGAACAGAAAUGAGACUCCUUCAGACCCCGUCAUCAUCGACAGAUUCUUUCUAAAGUUUUUCCUCAAGUGCAAUCAGAAUUGUUUGAAAACAGCAGGAAACCCGAGGGACAUGAGAAGGUUUCAGGUUGUGUUGUCAACAACGGUGAACGUGGAUGGACAUGUGCUGGCUGUUUCCGACAACAUGUUUGUUCAUAACAACUCCAAGCAUGGCCGGCGAGCAAGAAGGCUGGACCCAUCAGAAGCUACCCCCUGCAUCAAAGCCAUUAGCCCAAGUGAAGGCUGGACCACAGGAGGAGCCAUGGUCAUCAUCAUUGGAGACAACUUCUUUGAUGGCCUCCAAGUGGUGUUUGGGACCAUGCUUGUAUGGAGUGAGCUAAUAACUCCUCAUGCCAUCAGAGUGCAGACCCCUCCUCGGCACAUCCCUGGAGUAGUGGAAGUGACAUUAUCUUAUAAAUCCAAACAGUUCUGCAAAGGAGCUCCAGGGAGAUUCAUUUACACAGCAUUAAAUGAACCCACCAUAGACUAUGGCUUUCAGAGACUCCAGAAGGUCAUCCCAAGGCAUCCUGGAGACCCAGAGAGAUUAGCUAAGGAGAUGCUAUUGAAAAGAGCGGCGGAUCUAGUGGAGGCCCUCUAUGGCACCCCACACAAUAACCAGGACAUCAUUUUGAAGCGAGCUGCAGACAUUGCUGAAGCCCUGUACAGCGUCCCCAGGAACCCCAGCCAGCUCCCAGCUCUCUCCAGUUCCCCGGCUCACAGUGGCAUGAUGGGCAUCAAUUCCUACAGCAGCCAGCUUGGGGUCAGCAUCUCAGAGUCAACACAGGGAAAUAAUCAAGGGUACAUCCGCAACACAAGCAGCAUCUCUCCACGGGGCUACUCUUCCAGCUCCACCCCCCAGCAGUCUAACUACAGCACCUCAAGUAACAGUAUGAAUGGCUACAGCAACGUCCCCAUGGCCAAUCUGGGCGUCCCAGGGUCACCAGGAUUUCUAAACGGCUCCCCCACAGGCUCCCCUUAUGGAAUCAUGUCAUCAAGUCCCACUGUUGGAUCUUCUAGCACGUCCUCCAUCCUCCCAUUUUCCUCUUCAGUUUUUCCUGCUGUCAAACAGAAGAGUGCCUUUGCCCCUGUCAUCAGGCCACAAGGCUCCCCUUCACCUGCCUGCUCCAGUGGCAAUGGAAAUGGAUUCAGAGCCAUGACCGGGCUUGUCGUGCCCCCAAUGUAAAGAAGAGGAAGAACUGCUUUCUGAGAGCACAAAACUACUUACUCUGAUGGACCAAUAAUGAAGAAAGCACUAGGAGCUCUUCGGGGAUAGUUGUGCCCCAGAAUGAACAUGACGGACAGAUUUAGGUAUGCAAGGACCUGCAUCUUACCUGGUCUCACGUUUCUCAUCUAGCUCUCAUGGUGGCUACACAAACUGACCCUCUUGGGGACAAGGACAAAAGAUGUCAUUGACGUAGUCAGUGCUAAGAGCAGAAAUGCAACUCUUUGUUAAUGAACAUUAUGAGAACCACCUUCCUAUGUUUGUAAAAUAUUUAAGAAAAAAAAUUGGCAAACAAUUCAUGCUUAAUAUUUUGGAUACUAUUUGUUUUUCUUUGUAGGAAAAAAAAAGUUGAAAGUUUCUAUUUUCUAUGAAGCCUUUCAGAUACCAAUUUAGUUUAUGCAGAAAAAAAAAUUGAACAAAACAGGGUACCAGCAUGGAAGACUUUCUUAAACAAAACCUGAAUUGAAUGAUGAAAUGUUGUUGUAUGUGUGUUUGCUUAUAGUUUAAUCUCUUUAAAAAACAACAAAA